UUGCCAGGUUGACAGGCCGGAACUGCUCUGGCUGGCUGGCUGCUGCUGUUGCUGGGACUUGGCGUGGCUGCUGAAAAUUCAGAAUUCAGUAUGAAACGACAAAGCGCCGUAUGCGCACGGUGAACGAAUCGAGAGCGGACAAAGUUUGUGACGUUUAUGUGGAAACCAAAUUGGAAGAAGAAGCAGCAGCUGAUUUGUAGCAGAAUCAGUAAAGAAGAAUUGUGGGCCAAACGACAUAAGUGAAAAUAAAUAUUUGGCGCAAACGAAUUGAAUCAAGCGAAAAUUUAUUUAAAAAUAUUAAAAUAAAAAAAUAAUAAAUUAAGGUGUUGAACAGCCAAUUCGUUGAAAAUUAUUGUGCGUUUAAAGAAAACGUAGAAAUAAAGCUGGCGUGCGUUGAUGAACGCCCUUACUUGGGCAAUCGAAGUGAAGAUCUGACGGGAAAUAAGCGACAAUUUGUCAGUAUUCGCAACGUUUACCGAAACAAGUGAGAGUGGAGAUUUUAUUUCUGGCAAAUAAGGGACAAGCACGCACCGAGACUGCAGAUUCGACAGCGUCUUCUGAUGAGUGAGAAUUUCGAACGGCCAAAAAUAAACGGUAUUACGCGUAAAUUACAACAACAUUAAAGCAAAACAAGCAAUAAAUCAAACGCACAAGGCAAAACCCCACGACGAAGGCGCUAAAUACAUACACACAUACAUACAUAUAUAUUUACACCGAUACAAGCGCAGAGGAAAAAUUAUCUGUUGAAUGCGUGAGUAGCUAUUUUCGCCGGUAAAAUUAACGUUAAACGUGUGCUAAUAGUGCGUGCGUACAUUGUAGUUGAGGGUCAAGUGUGUGUAGUGGAAAUUAGUGAAAGUUCGAAAAUUAAAAUCGUUGAAAAAAUAUUACAAUAAUAAAAGUUGAGUAGAAUACCGCAGAGCAAAUAAAAUAUUUAAUUAGAAAAUACUUACAGAUCCAUCACUAACCACAAAACAAAAACAAAAACAACAAAAUGACAGCCAAUAUCUAUAAAAUGCUCUUGCUGCUAUUUGCAAUUGUCUGUCUCUGCAGCGCCAUGCCCUCCCCCGAACCGCAACCGCAACCGGAACCGGCACUCUUGAGCAGCUACAAGCCCUCCUUCAUAUUGAAUCCAUCCAUCUACACCUAUACAGUGGCGGAGAAUCAGGCACAAAAGCAACAACAACAACAACAAAAACAGCAGCAGCAACAAGCGCAGGUCAAACAACAACAGGAGUACACAAAAACUUUGCUGAGCAAUGAUAUUGACUACAACACCAAUAGCAAUAACAAUGGCAAUAGCAAUAGCAACAGCAACAACAAUAAUUACUUCAAUUAUGCCAGCAACAGUAAUAAUGAACAAUUUAGCAGCAGCAGCAGCAGCUCGAGUGACUCUGCUUCGUCAGCUUAUCAGAAUCACUAUUACACCAGUAGUAAAUUAAAUGGCGCUUCGAUGGCUACACCAACAACCACAACUACCGCAACACCCACUCAACCGUUGCCGGUGAGCGGUUGUCAAUUGGAUCGCCUAGCUGUUUAUAAGGUCGUCUUGCACACAUAUUGGACGCGUGAUCUAUUCCCCAAACACUAUCCGGAUUGGAGGCCAACCGCGCAAUGGACGAAAACUUUAGGUCGCACCCACGACGCAUCUUAUGCGCUCUUCCACAUCGGCCAACAGGCCACGGCAGGCGUCAAACAAUUCUCAGAAACUGGCAAAAGUGAUUUGCUGGACAGCAUUGUGGGCGAGCAACAACAACAGCAGAUGCACUAUCAACAGCAACAGAUCGCCGCAAACGGAAAUUCAUUUGCAGGCUUUGUGCCAACGGCGAGCGUAGUGAGGGGUGGCGGUGGCGCCGGCGCUGGUGCUGGAGCUGGGACUGGUGAACGCAGCGUUUUCGAUGAGUUCAACAUACCGGCUGUGCUGGUGGGCGACGGCCGGCAGGAGACAAAAUUCUUUGUCGACAGCAAUCACAGUAUGGUGUCGCUAAUGACGCGCAUUGUGCCAUCGCCCGAUUGGUUUAUCGGCGUCGAUUCAUUUCAGCUCUGCGUCGGUGGCUCUUGGAUUGAUACGGUGACCGUCGAAAUGGAUCCAUUAGACGCGGGCACCGACAAUGGCUUCACCUUUACCGCACCCAAUUGGCCGACAUCGCCACAAGGUGUCAUUUAUCGCAUCACCUCACGCUAUCCAGCACAUCCGGCAAGCAGUUUCUUCUAUCCGAAGAGCAAACGUCUACCGCCGAUAGCGACAUUUCAAUUUAUUAAGUUGAAGGAGUAUGAGCUGAGUGAAGUUUUCAACUUUGCCGAAGACGAUCGCAAAUAUGAGACGGUGAAGACGCAAACACACUUGGAAGCGGAACAUGACUCCACCAUUACUAAUAAUGAGCUUUCCGCCAGCAUUGAACGAGAACGACAAAAUGAAGUCUCCGUACAGCCUACAUCGGUGACGGAGAGAGAUCGCAUACGAUCGCGUUUGUUGGCUAAAAUGAAUCCAGGCUAUAAUAACAACAGCAAUGCAGCCGCCAACGGUAAUACUGCGAAUAUAGUGCCGAAAAAUGAUAAAAAUGCCAUCAUGCAGAACAUCGCCAACAGCUAUCGCACGGAGGCGAGCAAUAACAGCAGCGUUGCAGCCGUAAAUUGGUUGGGUCCACUGCCGAAGCGACGUCGCACGAAAUCACGCACGAAGUCACGCGAUUGCCGUGUCAGUCAUUGGUCAGAGUGGUCGGCCUGCAGCAAAACGUGCGGCAUCGGUGAGAUGCAUCGAUAUCGCAAGGUCAUACGGCAUGGCAAGCGCGGCGGACGGCCAUGUCCCGCGCUGCAGGAGUCCAAAUGGUGCGGCACAGAGAAGGGUUGCCACUCGCCGGCGACCUAUUUCAAUUGGUCCACCACAUGAAGGACGCAGCGCAGCAAACGUAGUUGGUAAAGUAAAGUAAUGCAAAUAAUUAAAAUAAUUUGCGGCAAGCAAAAUAUAUUUGAAAAUAUGGAAGAUGUUUAAAUAUAUACAGAAUUAUAUGCAAAAAAAAAAUACUUACAUAUAUAUGUAAAAUUCUGAAAAUAUAUGUACGAUCAUACGCGGCUUGCUUUGCAUGGUUUAAAAUUUUUCUACACUUUUGCGUACAAAAUUUUAAUAUAUAUUUUUUAAAUAUUACGCAUACAAAUUUUUACUAAUAAUUAAUUAUUGCUACUAUUUUUAUUUUUUUAAAUUAAUUGAUUAUAAUUAUAUUUCAUAAAAAUUUAAGUUUUUUGAAUAUAUUUAAAAUUUUUUAAAUAUUUUUUUAUUCAUUUACAGAGUUUUUAACUUUUAUAACUCCUUAAGCACUUGUCACAAAACUCAAUAUUUUCUUAUUUAGUUUUGUUUAGUUCAUUUAAGGAGUUUUAACUUUUAUAAUUUCUAAAGCACUUGCCACAGAAUUCUAUUAUUUUUAAUAUCUCAAAACCCUCUGCAUUAGCGAGCGUUUAUGGCUCUGUACAACUAUAAACCUGAAAGCGCAGUAAAUUUAAGAAAAAUUGCAAUUAAAAGCAUUUUGUGUUAAAUGUAGUAAUAAAAGAAAACUAAAGCAUAACCGCGAAAAAUAGAACAAGGGAUUAAUAUCAGCUUAGUGUUAAGAUUUGAACAAAAAAAAAUCGUAAAAAUGUGUAAAAAAAUUUUUUUGGCAGAAACUUAUGCUUUCGAAAACGCAAAAAUAUAAUUCGAGAAUAAAACGAACGACCUUAAAGUGUAAUAACAUUAAUUUAGUUAUUGCAAAAAAAUAUAUGAUGCAAAACUCCACGAUAAAAUACUAUUUUUAUUUGACAGCAUAUUUUAUAAUUACUUUUUUGUAGUUUUUCAAAAUCAUUUACAUACUUACAUACAUGUUUUCGUGUAAUAAAAAUUAUUAUAAAAAAUCUCAUUUCACCAGCUGGGUUUAAAACAACCCUCAACCCUUACUUAAAAAAAAAAAUUACUUGCUUUCGAUAUUCGUUUGUUUGAGUUCAUCUCUAACAGUUAUGCAUUGGCACCUUUUAUUGUCAAAUAGCGGCAUUUUGCACUAAAAACGAGCGAGACAAAACUAUAGUGCGCAAAGUUUGCCAAAAAAAAAAAUAUUUGUUAGCAGAUAUUUUUGUUUCAUUACAUUGAAGUAACUAUUUGCAGUAACGUAAUUUAUUUCAAAAUCAUUGUGUUUACUGAAAACUAAGCUUGAGUUAACUUAAGAAAAGUCUAAUCUCCGUUCAAUUAAUUUAUGCAUAAUAGAAAAUUAAUUUGUUUUUCGCAAACAAAAAUAUAAAAAAAAACAAAGACAAUAUAUAGAGAAGAUUCAGAAAAAGAAGAAUGAAAAAAAAAUUUAUAAAACAUAUAUAUAAACCAAAUAAAUUGUCCAAAACUGUUUUGGCAUGGAAACACUGCGUAAAAGUCGAGUUGUUGUUUCCAAAAAUGUUAUUUACAAAAAUUUUAUAUAAUGGCACUUCAUUUAUUUUUGUUAAACUUUUUUUUCUUAUUAAAAACAAAAUUUGGAAAAUUAAAACAUCCAUAUUUUAAAGCACAUUGUUUUGUUGUAUAAAUUUUCAGUACAAAUAUGUAUAUUUAAUAUAAAAGAAUAUGUUGAAAUUAUUUUAUUAUUUAAUAAAAGAAUAAAAAAUUUGUAGUAAAGUGUAUUUAAAUAACUAUUUGUUUUAUUUCUUUAUUCAACUGAUUGUUUUCAGAUUUAUGAGCGUUAAUAACUUUGGAAGAGUGAUCAGCAAUCGUUCAUUUGACCAACUUGAGAUUAUUGUAUUAUUUCGAGAUUAUGCAACCGUCUUGAGUUCAAUUAUCAUCAGAUUUUUCAUAAUGCGAUCAAUCAAUCAAUCGUGAGAUCGUUUUAUCUCCUUUAGAUCAGCUUAGAUUAGUUUGAGCUCAUUCGAUCAUAUUCUUGAGAUCAUUCGAUCACCACCUAAUUUUUAAUCAUCCAAAAUCAUGGGAUCUUUCGUACACUUAAAAAGCGAUCAUUUCCAUCUACUUAUUUGUAAUGAUUCGGCCAUAAUAUAUGAAGCAUAUGAGAGGAUUCUAAUUCAAUAUUUUAAUAUUUUGUUGAGAGCAAGAAUAAGAAAGCUCUGCUGGAGUAUUUUGUACGACAAGUAAGCGUUUAGUCUAUUUUUGUUAACAGAUUGGUCGUGUUUUAAAAUCUUUAGAAACGGUAAAUAUUUGUUUAUUAUUUUUAUAUAUUCUAUAUUUUAUUUAAUUUAGUAUUUUAUUAAUUAAUUUUUUUUCCAAGAUUUAAGAUUGUUCAUGAUAUUGAUAACAAGAAAAAACUAACAAGUAAUUGAUAAGCAAAAUGUAACAUACUAUUUUCAUAGAUUUCAGAAAAAAAUAAGGAAAUAAACAUUGAAAAAAAAAUAAAAAAAUGCUUAAAAUUUCAAUUAGAUAUUUGUAUGUAUAUGCGUUUGCGUUUAAGAGAAAAAUUAUUAGCUAUAAUGCAAUGAAAAUUAUAUAAGAGAGAUUAAAAUAUAAGAGAUAAAAGUAAAAAAGUGAAAAACCUACGAUUUAGGUAUGUUGAAUGUAAACAAAUAUAAAAUCGGAGAUAGAAGUACUAGUGUAAGUGAAAAUAAAACAUAAAAACGGAAGCAGGAAGAUGUAUGAUUUAAGUGCUAUAAAGGUACUAUUGCACUCACGAAAUAAUUAGAAAACAGCAAGUGAGCCAACUUUCGUUCGCAUUAAGCAAAAAAAAAAAAGCAAAGUGAAGGCAAACAGAUGUGAUUUAAUGCAACUACAUUGACACACAUAUUUUAGUAUUACAGAGUUAAUUGAGAAACCGACACAGAAAAAAGCUAAGGCUAGCUGCAUAGUGGCACUAAAAGCAAUUUGAAAUGUCUCAAGGCGUUUGGAAGAGGUGCAAGGAAUAUGACUGUUAUCUCUGUUUGCUAAAAUGAACUAAAUUUUAAUUUGAGUAAAUGAACCCCAAACAAGGUAAACGCAACGUUGAUUACAAAUUUAAGAAAGAAAACUUAAAAAAAAAUUAUAUAUACUAUAAUGAUAUAUGAUAAUAAAAUAUUUAUAUAAGGUCAUAAGUCAUUUACCAUAAGCGCAGAAGUUAUGAACAAACUUAAUAGUAGUGCAAUUAAGGCGACUAGUGUAAGUUAUACAAAUAUAACUGUAUAAUUAAGUAUAUAAAAAAUUGUAUUUCAAAUGAAAAAUGCCUAAGAAGUAAUUGUGUAAAAUUAAAAAAUAUAAAAAUUAAUUCUGAAAAGUAAAAAAAUAUUAAUUAAAACAAUUUAAUUAAAAAAAUACUCGUAUUAUAAAUAAUAGUUUAUUUCAUAUAAUUUUUCACGAUAAUAUUUUUUUUUUAAUUUUAGAACUGUAAAUUCUGCUGCUAUUUAUUUUUGCUGAAAAUAAUAUUGAAUAUAAAAAAAAUUGAUUUUAUAGUAAAAAAAUAUUAAAAUCAUUUAAAUUACUGCAAAAUAAAAAUAAUGACACAACAGUAAAUAACACGCAACAUGUUACAUAACAAUAUGCAGCAUGUUGCAUUUUCAUUGUUAUAUUGAAUUAUUGAUGAUACAGAUAACAAUAAAUGCAAGUCAAAUACGUGUAACAAAAAAAAAAAAAUAAAAUAAAAAUAAAAAUUUUUAAAUAAAAAAUUUAAAAGUGUAAAAUUAAAUGAUUUUUGUAUAAAGUAAAAUAUAAGUAAUUAUAAAAACAUAUAUAUAAUGUAAAUGACAUGCAUAUACAUACACAC